CUUUCACACUGCUUGUAACUUGUUACGAAAAUAAGUAAAAAAUAAAGUGAAUAAAAGCGAUUUACUCUAUGUGAAAAGUAAACGUGAUGUGUAGAACGCUGUGUAACGUGUAAAAGAGCUGAAAAAGAAUAGGUAACAACACUCAAAACGAAGUUGGAUAAAAACAAUAACAUUUGUGCACGGCACUACCAAUCAUCUCGACGUUCCUUAAUACGCCUUGCUUAAAUCUGAGGCGAGACUGAAAUAUUUCCUAAUCCGCUUGAAGCCACGUCCAAAGGGGGGGGGAAUCUGCAACACUGACAAACAUCGAGAUGGGAAAACGGCUCCCAUUGGAACGCCCACCGACAGAUCGCAACAUACGCAAACGAAAGCGGGCGGUGGCCAAAGAAGCCAGCGAUAGUGUGACGGAGAAAUGCCAGCGCCUCAGCGCGACGACACAAGGGAAUGGACAUGCAUUCCACGAGAACGACGACGAGGACUCAUCAUCGUCGGGCUCCGCUUUCGGUGUUGAAGUAUCGGAAGAUGCAUUAGUGUUGAGGACCCCUCAAGCUCAAAACCUCCUGUUGGCUGGGGCAAGUUUUGCCAGUGACCACAACCACUCAAACUCAACCGAGUCACCGCGUCCGGUAUACACGUUGCGCCCAUCUGUCGUCAAUGGAACCAUACUGAGAGACGUGCUCUCAAAGGCUUGGCGUUUGGGGCGACCCAUAGGCAAGGGCAACUUUGGCGAGAUAUUCCUAGCAUCAGACGACACUGUCUGCCCCGUUAGCUCAGAGAGAGCCAAAUAUGUCGUCAAAAUUGAACCGCACUCAAAUGGACCACUGUUCGUCGAGAUUCACUGCUUGAUCAACACAUCUGACAGUCUGACUAAGAAAAUAACCGAUGACCACGAGGAUGCUUCCAGCAUGUCUGCUCGCAGGCAAAAUAUUAGCAAUGGGCCUCCGUCCGGAAUACCACGCUACAUUGCCUCAGGCACACACUACUUCGGAGAUGCACGCUAUCGGUUCUUGGUCCUGCCCCGCUUCGAUCGCGACCUGCACUCACUUAUAAAGAACUCACGGGUGGAACAAAAAUGCCUGCUGGUCAUCGCUAUCCACAUAAUUAAUGUGUUGGAGCAUCUGCAUGACAAGGGUUAUUGUCACAACGAUAUUAAGGCACAGAACCUAAUGAUAUCCAAGUGUAAAUACCUCAAGCAGCAGACAGUUCCUACGGGCAAGGGCAAGGGGGCAAAGAACGAGGGCUACGAUGAGCAUUACGAUGAGAAACAGCAGACGACAGACAGUGGGAAUAGCUCGGAGCAGGACACAACGGAUGAUGUAGUCAAGUUCAGUGAUGGCGACGAUGACUACUUCAUGAAGAACAAAAAGUUUUCUUUUAAGCACAUCGUGGAUGUCGCCGAGGAAUACGAAGAAGAUGAGGACUUUGAUGAUGGCGCCACUUCGAACAGUAAUAAUAGCAACAGCCAGGACACGUAUCACACGCCACUUAACAAGAAUAACGGAAGCAUGCGAAAGACAAAUAUUCAGUUCAGCGGUUCCAAUCCGGUGCGGUCGUGCCGACGAGAAAAGCGCAACUCCAUGUACGAAGAAAUGGUUAAGUCGCACUAUCUGCGACCCACCAAACGUGUUAGCUACCGAGAAGACUUCAACGAGGAAAAAGACGAUCAGUCACCAGUUACUUCCGAUAACGAUUCAGAGGAGUUUUUUCCACCAUCGGCCAGACGAUCGACAACAGCCGUCGGUAAACGGGGUAGACCCGCACAAGCAACUCCAUGUACGCCCUCGAAGUGCUCUAUAACUACGCGAGCAACGCGCCACCAAUCAAAACUUAAAAGGGAAAUGAACGAAGGUAGCAAACGAAGUGGGAGGUGCCAGCAGGACGACAACCAGUAUCAUGCAGAGUAUCAGCUCCUUCCCGCUGAGGAAGAGCACGUGUUCCUUAUCGACUUUGGUUUAGCCUCAAAGUAUCAGGACCGCGGUGUGCAUCGUCCGUUUAUUAUGGACCAACGACGUGCGCACGACGGCACUCUCGAGUUCACAUCGCGGGAUGCCCAUCUGGGGGCGCAUUCGCGGCGUAGCGAUCUGGAGUGCCUGGGCUAUAAUUUGGUGUAUUGGUCGGAGGGGUAUCUGCCCUGGAAGGAUGUGGCCCAGCAGCAACAGCAGGAGAAAGUGCACCGCGCCAAGGAGCUCUUUAUGACAGACGUCUCUGAAAUGUUGCGACAAUUCUACGGCAAGCAAGUUCCUAAGUAUUUGGGCGAGUUUCUUAAACAGAUUGGCCAGUUGGCAUACCAGGAGCGUCCCAAUUAUGAACGUUACCGCAACAUUUUUAAACGGGAGUUUCAGCUUCUGGGCUACGACCCUAGCCAGAUGCGGUUAAACAGCGAAGAGAUUUUGCGGACCCGCUUUCUUGUUAAGGAAGAGAUUGGUGGCAACAAGUGCGAUAUAUUUGAACUGAACAACAAGAUUUCGACUAACGUGAUGCGUAACUCAACGCUCAGUACUCCGUUCCAGGAGCACUCGAAUCGUGUAUCGCCCAAGAACCUAAGAUCCAAGUCGAGUAAGAGAAAUGUGAAAAAGAAGUUCUCAUGGGCGGAAGUUAUCUCGCAGGAUCCCGAUCAAAUAGCCCGCGAACGGGCUACCAAAGAGUUUGAAAGGGAGGAGACGAUUUGCCCAUUGCAAAUGCGGCUUCCCAAGCGAUAUGAGGGCAGGCCAACCUAUGCGAUACUGGCGGUUGAGCAGAGUCGGCGCGAUAAAGGACUGGUCGUGCAGGAACAUAACGAAGGCGAAUGCAAUGAUGGAGUCGAUGCAGUGACUAACGAGCAGGAGGAGGAGGAUAAUGAUGCAGCAGAAAGCACUGAUGGAGAGCAGUAUGCAGAGCAAGUUACGUCCGAUGAGAGCGAUUACUCAGACCAUUCCAAUGAAGCAGUGCGUCGAAAUGUCAGGGGAAGAGCCCAUAGUAAAAGAAGCACCACCAAGAAAUCCCAAACACAUGAGCUGAAAUCCAACCGAGGUGCCGCACGUAGUGUGAAAAAUGUAGCCGCGGCUAAAUUUGCCACCGGUGCUGUUAGCAAAUCUCGCUCCACUCCGUUGUCAUCAGUGGCCAGUAACAAACGUGGCUGCGCCACACGCAAAGAAAAUUCCACUGUGGCCUCCGCCACGACUGAAGUGGAGCGCAAACUGAAAUCAAUGCGGUCACCAGUGGAUCGUCCCAAGCAGCGGGGGACGCGACGUCGCCUAUAUAAGACUGAGUCAAAAAUUGGCCCGCACAAUGUAGAGAACAACUCGAGCUUGUUGGAAGUGGAGAGUCUGUACAGCGAAUACGAUGAUGAGAAUAUUUACAUAAAGGGGCGUAGUGUCAACUCGUCCAGGCAUUCUCGCAAAUUAUUGAGAGGUAAAUAAGAACCGACCGACUAGGAGGCUCCAAACAAAACAGUAGCAAAGAGCCAGCAAAGCAACCUUAAUUCGUUUUGAAGUAUUUUAUUGGUAAACAAGGCAGAUGAGGUGUUCAAAGGAACAGAAUAUAACCUAAUCAUACUAAUACACGUGGACACCACUCGUAUUGAUUUGUAAUUUUGGUUUUUAAUAAUUUAAGUAGAUAACUGUUAGCAUUCAGAUUGGUACGCUCAGAUCAGUACGAUAUCAACGCAGUUCCACGCUCAAGACGUUGUUGAAUAUGUUGAAUACAUUUUCCGAUGUUGUAAGAUAUACAUAUACAAACGUAUGUACGGAACGGAACACACUGUGUGCAAGAACAGUACACUGUUUGGCCGUACUCCUCAUUGCCUUAAUAGCAAAUUUUUCAUAUUUUGAAGUUUCGUUUGCCAGUUUUGCGUUAUUCUUAUGUUUUAUUACCCUUUACCCGAUUCGAUUGCAUAUAAAAAGGUUCAUACUCUCCUCAAUAAAGUAUUUAAUAUAAAUAGAUAAAGGUUAUUUCAUAAUUAAUAUGAUAGCAGUCUAAGAUAGGAUACGAUACAGCCGAAGUAAAUAAAAUGUAAUCGUGUUUCCUUAAAAAUGU